CUGCGGUGCCGGUCCCUCCAUUCAUUGUCAUAUUGUGUUGGAGGUCGAUAAAGCGUAGUGUCGACGCGCCUUCCUCGGUGCGCGGAUGUCUCAGUUGUUACGUCAUAACGCGCCGCUUUAUGACAUACGCAAUUCAAACAGUAAAGCUUUAUUUAUAAACAAACGUUAUUUUUGUGUAAAUCUGCUCAAAGUUUAAUUAAUUAUUAUGUGUUUCCUGGAAAUUUUAAAUAUUUAUUUAUAUUUAUGAUGAAAAUCGAAAGUUUAAACGCAAAUCCUGUUAAAUUUAUUUAAAACACGUGUGUCAUUUGUCAAGUCACAGGAUAUUACCUGUUAUGUAAAUCGGUGAUGUUGAGAGGUUGCUAAACAGAUGAUUGCAAUUUAGAUGUGCGGAAGAUCCAAAAUUAAAACAAACAUGUGAACUAUAAAGUACUCAUCUCUGUGUUAAAAAUGUGAUUCAGUUUUGUGUGGAAGCCUCAAAAAAAGACAGUGAUGAUUAAACGUGGUAAGAGGAACGUGAGCAUGGUAAGGUUGGGAAGAUGUGUAGCCUUCCUAGCCCUUGCUGCGUUUUUGCUGCCAUUCACCAUCCUGCUAAUGGUCGCCGAUCAGCAGUACAGCUUCACAUACAGUUCAAAACGAGUGUUCUAUCAAGAAAGUGACUUCUAUAAAAUAAACGGGACGUUAUAUGCUCCCGUAACCACACCUUUUUAUCGGACGCAGUUCGUCUUCGAGAACGGUACUCAUGACGAUGGGCUCCUGUCACGGGAGAAGUUUCUGGAAGUCGGCGCUAGAAUGGAAGCUAGAAGGAAUUACUUGAGCAACGAGUGCUCGAGGCUCGGCUUAGAUGGGUCUAGUCAGAAGGCGUCUGCGUGGGAAUAUCUCAUCAACCGACAGUACCACGUUAUAUGGUGUAACAUUUUCAAAGCGGCAUCAACGUCAUGGAUGUAUAACUUCAAUUUGAUGGCAAACUACACUGCGGCGUUUUUAAAUAGAACCAAAGAGGUGCCCUUGGAGUUGGCAAGAAAGAGAUACGCGAGACCAACUGUUGAGAUGCUCAGAAAGGCCCAAGGGGACUCACUUACCUUCCUUAUAGUGAGGCAUCCGUUGGAAAGAUUGGCCUCCGCGUACAAUGAUAAGAUCGUUCAUGCGUGGCCGAAGUCCUUUCACGACAAAAUGGGGCAAAGGAUUAUAAAAAAGUAUAGGAAGGCAACAGACUCAAGACCAGCGCCUACAGAACGGUAUCCCGUCUUCGAAGAGUUCGUCUCGUAUAUACUGGACGAAGCGAAGGCGAGGCGAGUCCUCGACAUGCACUGGACUCCCUACACGAACUUCUGCACGCCUUGCAAGUUUAACUUCGACAUCAUUCUUAAAUUUGAAACCCUUGACGAGGAUCAGAGGUUUUUGAUCCAAAUGGCGCGACUUCAGGACAUAAUCAAACCGGAGUGGCGGAACAGCGGCAAGGGAGGCACGUUGAAUAAUAUCAACCAUCUUUACUCCAGGCUGAAAAAGUCUCAACUGGACGGUCUCUAUAAUUUAUACAAAAACGAUUUCCAGCUCUUCAACUACACAGUGGACAGUUACUACGAUAUAAUUCAAACAGAAGAUGGCACCACUCGCGGCUGAACUAAACGAGUGUGAAUUAUUGCUAGUUGGAACCAAAAUAAAUGGUCAGUAUUUGUUGGUUAGAAAUACUAAGAAAGACUGAAAAUAAUUCGUGGGGUUUAGUAUAGUCAAUACUAAUUAUUGAUUGCCCUAAAUCUACGUUUUAGCGAUAAUGUUAUGAACAAUGAUGGUACGUGAAAUGUGUACGUAUAACAAUUUGUUGUUGUCAAUUUUCGAUAUUUUAUCUGUAUAAAGUUUCUAAAUAGUCUGUUACGUUUAACUCGUGUUACCGUUUUAUUUAUUUGUUCGUUAUGAAAUAUGUACGUCUAUGUAAUUAAUGAACUAAUAAAUCUUUACAUCAAAACCCUCAUAUUAGGAAACUUACACAUACUUAUAGCUCUAUAUGCUGUGUCUAUAUGUAUGUACUAGCCCAAUUCACUACAUCGUGCUUCCGUAGAAUAAAAAUUAUCUACCUACGUCAUGACAUGUUUGUUAUUAGUUAGAGUUUCUGUUGAUUCAAUAGGAAUUGAUCUAACAUUCCUUAAAAUAUAUAUAUAUACACUUGAUUUCUCAAAUAACAUUAUUAUUGAUUUUUUUAUAUUCAUUAUCGUCUUUAAUCAUAUUGCCUUUAUUUUUCUUAUGGAGGUAUACCUGCCCAGGUAUUGUAAAUUGCAUUUGCAUGAAUUAAAAUAAAAUAACACACACAGAAAUGUUAAAUUUUUAUUCGGUUUAUAUUUCUAAAAUCUUCAAAACAAAAUAUUUUCUGUUAUAUUUUGUUGAAAAUAUCCGUAGAUCAAAUCGAAAUAAUAUUAUUUAAAUAGUUUUCGUUAAAUUUUGCUGUUAAAUUUUUAAAUUUACUUAUCUUAAAUUAUCUCUUACAUUGUUUUAGAUAAGAAUAAUCCUUUUACUUUCUGAUUGUUACGUUGUAAAAUAAAAGUACCUUUAGAAGAUUUAAAAAUGUUUAAGUAUAUGUAUAUUCAAAAAUCUGAAUUUAUCAUAGUACAUGCAAAAUGCAGGGUAAGUUAAAUUACUACAUAUUAUUGUGUGGAAAUGUAUGUUAGACCACAUCAUUAACCGUUAUAAAAUUUGAUCAACCGUUAGAGCUAUUCGAACUUUAUGAACAUUAUUGUUAAAAAUAUCUAUCUAUAUAAAGUAACGUAACUAUGAUCGUCAUAAUAGCUGCAUAAAGUCAGCAGUAUAUUUUUAUACCGCCUCUAAUUUUGUUAAUUUAAUUUAUUACUCAUCGCUAACGCACAAAGUUUCAGUAGAUAAUAGAAUUAGAUCUCUUAUUAUAAAAUUAUUGUAAGUGCUACCGUCAAAAUAAAGGUACCUACCUACGUAUAAUAUUCUACUUACGCUACAAUUCCGCGUUACCUUUUACAAGAAAUAAGUUCAUAAAAAGAAGUACAUGUGGGCAACAUAGUUCGUGAGCUAAUUAGUUGUUGACAAACUAU